AUGGUCCCUUUACAUGAGGACAGCCAGGAGGAGGGCAUCUGCCCUAUCUGUCAGGAGCACCUGAAGGAGGCCCUGAGCACUGACUGCGGACACCUCUUCUGUCGGGUGUGCCUGGCCCAGCAUGUGGAGAAGGCCUCAUCCUCCGGAGUCCUCUGCUGCCCCCUCUGCCGGCAGCCCUGUUCUGAGGGGGUGCUGGGGACAGGCUAUGUUUGCCACAGCCACCAGAAGAGGGUGUGCAGGUUCUGUGAGGAGACCACACUCCUUCUGUGUGAGGAAUGCCUGGAGUCCCCUGAACACAGGAUUCAUCGUGAGCUGGACGUCGAGAACGCUCUCAGCCACUACAGGGAACGACUCAACCGCAGAAGCAGGAGACUCAGAAAGGACGUUGGAGAACUCGAGCGGCUCAAGGCUCAGGAGGAGGAGAAACUGCAGGUGCUACUGGUAGACCACGGGAACCACAGGCUGGAGAACCAGCCUCAAACGGAAGGACAGCCGGACGCCCUUCCCCGGCAGCAGCUGGCCCAGCUGGAGGAUGUGCCGGCAGUGGUGGCCAGAAUUGGCGACAUCUCCAGGGCAAUUGCGCGGCUCAGCAGCCUGGUGACUGACCUGGAGAGGAUGGCCAAGGAGCUAGACAUCAGCACACUGAAGAAUGCCAGUGACAUAUUAAAAAGGUAUGAGCCAGCCUUCCUUCUUUUCCGCGUGUGCACACGCUGCAAACCCGUUCAACAUAGACACGCACUGGGCUUCGUCAAGAUCAGGGAGACCCGCUGCUCCCCUAACUUUUGUACCUUUGUGCUAGACGACCAUCCAGCCCCCAAUCAGGCCUACCUGGUGCUCCUUCAGGCCUGCAACCUCCCCAGAAUGUUCCCGUUUCCUCCCCCCCACAUCUGUGAUGGCUGA